GGAGGCUGCCGCGCCGCGCUCCCUUCGCGGCCCGUCGCGCCCGACGCGUCCCACCGAGCGGUGGUCCGGGCGGCCGUCCCCGCCGACACCGGCUCCCCCCACCCUGCGCGCCCCGCCGCCCCGGCGCCCAGCGAGGCGGGCCCGUGCCCUUUGACCUCGCGCGGCGGCGGGGUGAGAGGUCGGUGGCCAUCUUGUGGCGGCGGCGGCGGCGGCGGCGGCGGCGCGGCGGGCGGCUGUUACUGCGGAGACCCGUCGGCGCUCGGACAGGCCGCCCGGGGCCCCGCGGGCCCGCCCGCGCCGCCACCAUGUCGUCCUUCUCCGAGUCGGCGCUGGAGAAGAAGCUCUCGGAGCUGAGCAACUCGCAGCAGAGCGUGCAGACGCUGUCCCUGUGGCUCAUCCACCACCGCAAGCACGCGGGGCCCAUCGUCUCCGUGUGGCACCGCGAGCUCCGCAAAGCCAAAUCAAAUAGAAAGCUUACUUUUCUGUACUUAGCGAAUGAUGUCAUCCAAAACAGUAAAAGGAAAGGACCUGAAUUCACUAGAGAAUUUGAGUCAGUCCUUGUGGAUGCUUUUUCUCAUGUUGCCAGAGAGGCAGAUGAAGGCUGUAAAAAACCUUUAGAAAGAUUGCUGAACAUCUGGCAAGAAAGAAGCGUGUAUGGCGGCGAGUUCAUACAGCAGCUGAAGCUGUCUAUGGAGGACUCCAAGAGCCCUCCCCCCAAAGCGACAGAGGAGAAGAAAUCUCUGAAGAGAACGUUUCAGCAGAUACAAGAGGAAGAGGAUGAUGACUACCCUGGGAGCUACUCGCCCCAGGACCCUUCCGCUGGACCCCUCCUGACCGAGGAACUAAUCAAAGCUCUGCAGGACCUGGAAAACGCUGCUUCAGGGGAUGCAACGGUCCGGCAGAAGAUCGCGUCUCUGCCCCAGGAAGUGCAGGACGUGUCUCUGCUGGAGAAGAUCACGGACAAAGAGGCAGCUGAACGUCUUUCAAAAACAGUCGAUGAAGCGUGUCUGUUACUCGCGGAAUACAACGGGCGCCUGGCUGCCGAGCUGGAGGACCGGCGCCAGCUGGCGCGGAUGCUGGUGGAGUAUACCCAGAGCCAGAAGGACGUCUUGUCAGAGAAGGAGAAAAAGCUGGAAGAGUAUAAACAGAAGCUCGCUCGGGUCACCCAGGUCCGCAAGGAGCUCAAGUCCCACAUUCAGAGCUUGCCGGACCUCUCGCUGCUACCCAACGUCACAGGGGGCCUGGCCCCGCUGCCUUCGGCUGGUGACCUGUUCUCCACCGACUAGGACAGGUGUCAGGCCCCGGGUCCCCGUCUGAACCAGCAGAAAGAAGAGGGCAAGUCGUGGCUGGAAAUCACCUCGUGGCCCGUCCCCGCCUCCCCGAAUCACAGACUCCGAUUCUCCUCUCCGGCCUCCUGUUGAGCACAGUUCAGACCAGCGGCGAGUCGAGCGCAGGCUGGCGUCCCGCUCAGAAAGAUUCCGAGUGCCUCCCACUCCGCUUUCUCCUGCCCCUGUUGCUUUUUCCAUUCUCAGCGCUCCCUCGACACCCAAGAAGCUACGGAAAUCAUGUGUACUUUGGAAGUCUCCGCAGGACUCGGCCCUUGAGGCAGCGUGUCUCGAGAGCAGCUUCUGCUUUCUGAACUGGGCUUGCUCGAGCUCGGCCCGGUGCCCGUGCAGGGGCUCGUCCUGGAGUCCCCCACUUCCUGGUGGCCACCCGCCCAAAAGGUGGGAGGCGCAACUGUCAGGCAGCUCCGCCAGAAAGAAUUUGCCAAAUCUCUCGUCCUCCCUUCCCGUUGUGCAGAGCAGAGCCUCGUCGAAGGUUAGGCCCCUUUGGUUUAGAAACUAACGAGAAUCUAGCAAGAAGCUGUGCGGGGGACACAGAGUUGUAGUUCAGAGAGGGUCAGGGGUCGCAGGCCCCCACAAGUUGGUAAAUGGUUUGCUUCAGCUUCCUCUGGAUCACCUUCCCAGAGGCCGUCAGGGUCCCUGCCCCCGUCGCAGGGUGGGUUCCAGCCUGCGAAGGCGGUGGUGGGACCCCGAGCAAGGGGAAGUCUGGGCCUCUGUUUGCGGGAGUCGGACACGCUAGCAUCCCUUUUGCUGCCGGCUCUGCACCACGGUCCAGAGACUGUGAGUGGCAGACUGCAGGCCGAGGACGCCCAGUGAAGGGUGCGUCGGGGCAGGGACUAGUGUCCGCUUAGGGUUUUGAUUCCAUUAUCAUGCCAGCUGACGUCCUGACUGUGUGGUGUAGUGAGAGAAAUUUUUACCUUGUUUCCAGUAAAGGCCCCGCCUGCCCGUUUGGUGGGAUGCGCUGUGAUGGGCCGGGUGCGCUUUUGGCAUGGAAUGGGGUAGGGAGCAGUUCCCCUCAGUGUAUACUCGGAAUCACAGUCCAGAGGCUGGGUUCAAGCUGGAGAAAGAAAUUCAGUGGACGGGGCUUCAGAAUCAACUCUGUCACAUGUUUGGGGUUUUGUUUUGUUUUGUUUCAUUUUUUGACUUGCAAUUUCCAGGAUUACCAAAAAGCCAAUUACAUGUACUUUUACAUGAUAAAACACAACCUGCUUUUAAUACUAGAACUGGCUUCCCUCUCAGGAGCCCUGGCGCCGUGAGCGGAGGGUGAGCAGCCGCGCCAGAUAGGCAGUGUCACUGUAGAACGAGUCGCGCUGGCGGACCUGAGCAGACAGUGUUGCCUGCCUGUCGUCUGUCCCCCUUAAAUUAACGAGUCUGGAUAUAAAAUUUUUCUCCCAGAGGCCACAGGCAGUAGGUGACCUAACAAAGUAUGAGAUGGAUUCCCACGGCUGCUGUUUCUGCUCAUCACCCCUCCUGGGGUCUCAGGAGACCCCUCGGGGACUGGCUGCCUCCUCCAGGGAGGCAGGGCGUUGCCAAGCCUCCGAGCAGCCAGGGUGGGCCAGGCCGAGCGGCUCCAUGCAGACGUUACUACGGCAGAGCGUGUGCCCCUGCUCCGGUGGGUCUGAUGGCGUCUGACCAGCAACUGGUGCAUAAUUAUUACUGCAGGAGCAAGAAGUGAAUCUGGAGCGAUUAUGUAGAUGAAAUGUGUUGGCCCUCAGCACCUGUUACUAGUACACUUCCUGUGAGGGAGUUCGCUUUGUUUUUAGUUUUUUAAUGAAAUGCUUUUGUUCUUCAAAUCUUAAUUCUUCCCACCUCUUCCCCAAAUGUGCUUAUUUCAUCUGUUUAAUUUAAUCGAUCCUUUCUCCUUGUAUGUAUGAUGUGAGCGGAUGGGGGUUGGGCGGUUCUGUGUUUUUUUGGGGGGGGGAUUGUUUGUUUUGUUGGUUUUUUUUUUUUUUCCUUCUUAGAGCAUCCCUAGACCUUAAAGGACCUUUCCUCUAGGGCAUAUUCCUCAGAAAGUCUUCGAUCUUCCUUUGUUUUUGUUUUUUGGGUUCCUCCCCCCGCCCCUUAAAGAAUAUUUUUAAAGCUUAAAUUUGUAUAUUAAUUUAGGACUUUAUUUAGAAGUAUAGGCUGCCAUUGGUGGCAGCAGUAUAUUCUGAAAUGUCUCAUAGAUAUCUAUUUUUGAAUAAAGAUGGUGUUGUUGAAUGA